GACAUCAUGGAGCUGCCGUUCGUAGCCGAGCAUUAGCCCCGCGAACCGACUUUUAACGAUAAUAAUGUGGAUAUAGGGGAACUAGGGGUGGGUAUAUGCAUGUGUAUACAAAACAACAACAAAAAAGCGUUGGGGUUGAUUAAAUACGACCAUCUCGAGCAAAGCCAAAGUUAUAUUGCGCUGUAAAAUAUCUCGGCGGUUGAUGGUUGGCGGCGAGAUCCUGACCCCGUACGAUUUGUUCCUAGUAGCCGAUCACAGGGCGGCCGACCACCGACCACCGACCACCGAACACCGAACACCACCGAACACCGAACACCACCAACCACCAACCACCAACCACCAGCAUGCCCGCCUCUGGAAUCACGGGAUCUAUCUUGCGGCGCUCGUUGCGCGCAUAUCAGAUCUAUGGCGCGAAUACUGGUGUUGGCAAGACGGUCAUGUCGACCAUCUUGUGCGGUGCGCUACAUCGCGCUUUCCCUCAGGAACCCGUCUGGUACCUGAAGCCGGUGUCGACGGGCCCGCUUGACGACGCCGAUGAUGGACACCUCGCGCGGUUCUCGCCGAGCACGAAGACAAAGACGUUAUUUCAGUUCGGAGAGCCCGUGAGCCCCCAUAUUGCCGCGAGGGGCGCUACUCCGCUCUCUGAUUCGUCAAUUCGGGAAAAGAUCCAGGCGCACCUGACGUCGUUUUCUCAGGAUGGAAAGGGGACGCUGCUUGUCGAGACAGCUGGUGGAGUGCAUUCUCCUACGCCGUCUGGGAGCUCACAGGCGGAUCUAUACAGACCCCUACGUUUGCCAGUCUUAUUAGUUGGUGAUCAUCGCCUUGGAGGCAUCUCGUCAUCCAUCUCGGCAUUCGAAUCCCUCCAUAUCAGGGGCUACGACCUCAACUCCGUUCUACUAUUCGAGGAUGAGCAAUAUCAGAACCAUGAGUAUCUACGCGACUACUUUGGCGAGCGUGGCAUAUCGGUGCUCUCACUCCCCCCACCCCCGCCACAGGAGAGCAACCGGGAGACCGAUCAGGCGCGCAUGGGAGACUACUACCUCGAAAUGAGCGAGCGCAAAUCCGUUAUCGACAUGGCAACCUCCCUCUCCACCUCUCACACCUCCCGCCUCGACAGGCUCGACUCAAUGGCCGACAAAGCUCACAAACACAUCUGGUACCCCUUCACACAGCACCGCGGCAUCACCCCUGAGAAACUCAUGACCGUCGACUCCGCCCACGGCGACUUCUUCCAGACCGUCUCACCCCCAUCCUCCGAGAUCGUCCUGCAACCCACCCUCGACGGCUCCGCAUCCUGGUGGACGCAGGGCCUCGGGCACGGUAACCCCGCUCUCUCCCUCGCCGCUGCCAACGCCGCCGGCCGCUAUGGCCACAUAAUGUUCGCAUCAGCUAUUCAUGAGCCGGCCCUCGCGCUGGCGGAGCUAUUGCUGGAAAACCUACAGAAUCCGCGGAUGCAGCGGGUAUUCUACUCCGACAAUGGGAGCACAGGCGUGGAGGUAGCGGUUAAGAUGGCGCUGACGGCUGCGUCGGUGCGGUAUGGGUAUGGGGAUUCGCAGGAGGUGGGUGUUAUUGGGCUGAAGGGGAGUUAUCACGGAGACACCAUUGGGGCGAUGGAUUGCUCGGAGCCGUCGACGUAUAAUGAGCGUGUGCAUUGGUAUCGUGGGCGUGGUCACUGGUUUGAUUUCCCGCAGGUUAAGAUGAAGGAGGGGGAGUGGGUGGUUGAGCCGCCCGAGGUGGGUGAGAGGGAGUUUGGACCGGCGAUGAGGUUUAAGUCGCUGGAUGAGGUUUUUGAUAUGGAGGCCCGAGAUGGGUCGCCUGCUGCGGAGACGUAUAGGAAGCAUAUUCUCGAAACACUCGACCGGCUUGUUCGCGUGGAAGGAAAGACCUUCGGCGCGCUAGUCAUGGAGCCCAUCAUGCUCGGUGCAGGCGGCAUGCUCCUUGUGUAA